CGCGACUUCAAUACUGAAACGUCACCAUUGUGUGCCCGGCCAUCGUAUGUCGUCGAUUUAAGCUGAAUUAACUACUUGUGAAUAAUUUGACGAAUAUUCACGUACGGUUGGCUAAUUCUGCUCGAGAGUAACAUAAAAGUAAAGUAAAGACUAGUCAUAACGUCUCUAAGUUAUACAUUGCCAUGGCGUCUCCAGUGGGACAGGGAGGAGGGGCAGUGUCUACAAGAGGAGCAGGAGCUAGGAGGAUGAAAUGGGCUCUGGAGUUGAGCUUGGGCAAUGCUAGGGGUCGUGGAGACAGACAGAGUAACCAGGGAGAUGUGAUGUACCCCAUUGGAUACUCAGACAAACCAGUCCCAGACACCAGCAUCCAGGAAACAGACAAAAACCUGGUGGAAAAGCGUUGUUGGGACGUGGCCCUGGGCCCUCUGAAGCAGAUUCCCAUGAACCUUUUCAUCAUGUACAUGUCUGGGAACACCAUCUCAAUCUUCCCUAUCAUGAUGGUCUGUAUGAUGGCCUGGAGGCCCAUCCAGGCUCUCAUGUCCAUGUCUGCCACAUUCAAGCUGUUGGAGAACUCUAACCAGCAGUGGCUCCAGGGGCUUGUCUAUUCUGUAGGGAACCUGUUGGGCUCGGCAUUGGCGAUCUACAAGUGUCAGUCAAUGGGUCUUCUCCCAACUCACUCCUCUGAUUGGCUCGCUUUCAUAGAACCGCCUCAGAGGAUGGAGAUCAUGGGUGGAGGGAUGGUAUUGUGAAGAGGACAGAAGUCACACAUACUGAAAUAUGCUGAACUGUUCUGUUAAUACAUUAAAUCUCUUUCAAGUCUUUUCAAUUCUCUGGCUUUUAGGUUUUUGUGGACUCAAGCUUUUUAUCUACAUUUUGUUUGUCAUUUGAGAUUAUUUGUCACAGGUUAGAAAAUGUUACAGAACACAUUCAACAUCUAAUAAUAGGAAAAUGUCAUGUUUGUAAAACCGUUCAUCAUUCUACUAAAUCCACACGGUCAACUUAAGGUGUCACCAUAACAUUUUUUUCAUGUAUCUUUGUGUCAAAUAAAAGGGUUAACUAGUUAA